UCUCUCUCUCUCUCUCUCUCUCUCUCAGGAACUGGAGAAUACACUGAAACUGUUUAACUUUGUCUUCACGUGUGUAUUCGUGGUCGAAGCCAUGAUGAAGGCGAUGGCGUUGGGCAUCAAGCGAUACCUCGCAGACAAAUGGAAUCAAUUGGAUGUGAUUAUUGUCAUGCUUUCCAUUCUGGGCAUCAUUCUGGAGGAGAUGGAGUCCACUCUCAUUCCCAUCAAUCCAACCAUCAUUCGUGUGAUGCGAGUCAUGCGAAUCGCGCGCGUCUUGAAGCUGCUGAAGAUGGCCAAAGGGAUCCGCCAGCUGUUGGACACCGUUAUGCAGGCCUUACCGCAAGUCGGAAAUCUCGGUCUACUCUUCUUCCUUCUCUUCUUCAUCUUCUCGGCCUUAGGCACCGAACUCUUCGGCCGAUUAGAAUGCAAUGAAGACAAUCCGUGUCAGGGUCUCGGAGAACACGCCCACUUCCAGAACUUCGGUAUGGCUUUCCUAACGCUCUUCCGGGUGGCCACCGGUGACAACUGGAACGGUAUUAUGAAGGACACACUCCGUGACAAAUGCGAUGCGUCUGAAGACUGUCUGAUCAACUGUUGCAUAUCACCCAUCAUAGCGCCGAUGUAUUUCGUGGUGUUCGUACUGAUGGCACAGUUUGUUUUGGUCAAUGUUGUGAUCGCAGUGUUGAUGAAACACUUGGAAGAGUCGCACAAACAGAUGGAUGAGGACGAAGACUAUGAGAUCGAUUUGGUGAUCGCCAAAGAGAUGGAGGCCGAGAAGCGGGCCAUUCGGGACGCCAUCGAUCGGCGCAAACGCGAGCGACAGUUGAAUAUCAGGCGACCGCUGAUGAAAAUGGCGUCUCUGCCCAACAAUUUCGCAUUCACUGCAGACAAUGACAACACCGACGAUGAAGACGACGGCGACCAUGACUUGACCCCCAGAGCCGACAGUCGCCAGAUGUUCAACAGCCGCAGCAGCGAUGGCUUGCGACUACUCUUCGACACAAAGACCACUACUAAUAGUGUCAACGAAUUGAUCGCCGAGAAUAAAGUGGUGGCAAAUGUGUGG